UAGGGAACGUGUACAAGACUUGAUUGUUCAUAUUUCAUUCGCGUUAUAUAUCAUUUGGCGACAGUUGUGUAGUCCAUUGAAAUAUUUACGUGAUGCUGACUAGGAACACCAUGCAGUGCGUGAAGCGGUCUAAUAAAUGUCUAAUUCAGCGAAUGAAAUCGCUACCUCGAGUGACGUGGGCACGGUCAGUGUGGACGGGUCGGGAAAGCAUUGAAGAGGAGGACCCUGAGGUCUUCAGUCUCAUCUCGAAGGAGAAGAUACGACAGUCUAGCGGGCUCGAGCUGAUUGCUUCAGAGAACUUCACCACCCGGUCAGUGCUGGAGGUUAUUUCGUCAUGUCUACACAACAAGAUGGCCGAGGGCUAUCCUGGAAAUAGGUACUACGGAGGCACCCAGUACGUGGAUGAGCUAGAGAGUCUGUGCCAGCAGAGAGCUCUGAAGGCCUUCAAACUGGACCCCGCCCAGUGGGGGGUCAACGUACAGCCUUACUCCGGGAGUCCCGCCAACUUUGCCGCCUUCACGGCGCUCCUGGAACCUAAUGACAGACUUAUGGGCCUUGACUUGCCGGACGGGGGACAUCUCACCCACGGCUUUAUGACAGAUACACGGAAAGUGUCUGCCACCGCCAAAUAUUUUCAGUGUAUGCCGUACAAGAUCAAUCCUCAGAAUGGCCUUAUAGAUUACGACCAGCUGUUGGAGCAUGCCAGACUGUUCCGACCGAAGCUGAUCAUCGCAGGCACCACAGCGUACUCUCGACUGCUGGACUACAGGGCUUUCAGACAGUGUGAGUGUGUUGUGUGUCCACAGGCCAUGCAGCCCGAGUACCGGGCCUACCAGCAGCAGGUGUUGAAGAACGCCAAGGUCAUGAGUCAGGCGCUAGUGGACAGGGGCUACUUCGUCGUCUCAGGGGGCACGGACAACCACCUGGUGUUGAUUGACCUGAGGCCAAAGGGCACGGACGGGGCGCGCGUGGAGCGUGUGCUGGAGCUGUGUUACAUCACCGUCAACAAGAACACAUGUGCCGGGGACAGGAGCGCCGUGGUGCCCGGAGGUCUGAGGCUAGGAGCUCCAGCCCUGACCACGCGAGGCUUCCGAGAAUCCGACUUUGUGAGGGCCGUGGAGUUGGUCGACAGAGGGGUGGGGAUAACAUUGGACGCUCAUAGGAGGACAAAAACGUUGAAUGAGUUUAAAACAUUCGUGCUGGAGGACAGCGAGAUCCAGCAAAAGAUUGCAACCCUGAAGGAAGAGGUUCAGACCUUUGCCAAAACGUUCUCCAUGCCGGGGUUCACAGACUGGUGAGUCACAGUCACACACGACGACGGGACGGCAUCGGACGAACCUUGGGGGAAAAGUAAAGGAGAACUCCACCACCCAUGUCUACACGACUAAACCCUGCGUCACGGCGAUUAUACCCUGCAUGCAGCAUGACGACGGCAUUGAACGAAUCGGGGGAAAAUGUAAAAUAGAACUCCACCAUCAAUGUCUACACGCAUCACGGCGAUUAAUUAAACCCUCAGAAGAUAUAGCUGCAAGCCCGAGGAUGGUAUAUGUGAGGCAGCGUGGUGGAAUCAGGCUCUCGUCAAAAUAAUCAAAGAGAAGAAA